AAAUAAAAUGCAGUUUUUUUAAGUGUCGCCGCGUCAAUUACGUAGAUCCGUUUUAAGUAUUACAUUACAGCAUAAGUUGACUUGUUUUAGUGUUCAUAUUUUAUUUAGUAUUAGAACUAUUGUUGCUAGCACCCCCACUGACCCAUACACACACCAACACCACCACCACCACCACUACCACCACCAAGAACAACAAAAACACGGCAACUAGAGCGACACCAAAUAGUUUUUUUUAUGUUAAAUUUUAUGUCCAUUUUUGGUGAAUAAUUUUUGCCAAAGGGAAAAACGGCAGAGCAGCAAGAAACGCAAUGAAAUGAGAUUUAACUGGCUAAGCGACUACUUGGCCACUAUCGUAAACACAAGCGCUUUUUUCGAGGCAAGCACACGUCAUCUGGCAGGGCUGCACCAGCAGCUGGCUCCACGGAAUAUUUAUUGCAACAUUAAGUCCACAUCGGCUGAAGCGCUGGAGCAUAUACUAAUAGCAUGCGGGGUGUAUUUUCUAAUAUGCCUCGGUCUCUACAAGCUCACAUUCUGGUUGUCGGCGACGGGAGCGGGUGCGACAACGGGAGGAGCAUCAGCGCCCAUGCUCGGCUCAAAUAACAACAAAGCUAGCGGCGAUACGGCGAGCAGUGGCUUACGCAGAACAUUGCAGAAUGGCCUUCAUUUGCGUAGUGUUCAUCUGCCGAGAGCGGCGAUUUCGGGUCGCGUGCUGCUGGUGACCGCUCACCCGGAUGAUGAGUGCAUGUUCUUUGGGCCAUUAAUCUAUUCACUUGUGCAGCGCGCCGACUGCCAAGUCUAUGUGCUGUGCCUCUCAAAUGGCAACUUUGAGCAACAAGCGCAGUUGCGACGUGAGGAGCUGUUUCGGGCAUGCAAACGUUUAGGCGUUGUGGAAUCAAAUGUGAUAUUGGUAAAUGCCACCAAUUUGCCAGAUGAUCCGAAUGUUGAGUGGCGUCCGGAUGCAGUUGCCGGCCUUAUAUUGCACACGGUUGAGAGUCUUGAUAUACAGGCGAUAUUCACCUUCGAUCGUGAUGGUGUCAGCUCGCAUCCCAAUCAUUGUGCUGUGUAUUAUGCGGCCGCCUCAUUGUGUUUAGCCAAUUUAUUGCCUAAGGCUUGCAAAUUUUAUACGCUCGACUCGAUCAAUUUGGCACGCAAAUAUCUAUCAGUCUUCGAUUUGCUGUGCACUUGCUUUAUGUCCACACAUUGGUGCAUUCUGAGCUGGAAGGAAGCGGCGAUUGUUAGAGGCGCCAUGCUGGAGCAUCAGUCACAAAUGAAAUGGUUCCGUUGGCUGUACAUUUAUACAUCGCGCUAUAUGUACAUUAAUUCAAUGCGCGAAGUUAACCUCUCGGAUAUCGAACUAGAAAUGCAAAUUCAUGAUCAUUAGGGGAGGCAGCAGGCGAGUGAAUUUCGAUUCGAAAUGAAUGUAUUGUGAAAAAAACACCAAAAGACAAACUACCUUCAUUAAUGUGCGCUUGGCAAUUACCAAGUCCAA